AUGCACGCGCGGACUGCCGCCUUGCGAGCCGCCUUCGCUGGCUCGAGCCGAGGUGCCAUAUCUCGCGCCGGCCUGCAUCCGCUCGUGGUUCCGCUCGCCGAGGCGGAAGGCGGCACGGUGCUCGGCUCGCUCAGCUGGCGGCUCGACGCGACCGGCGACCCGGGCGACGCUCCUGCCUCUGCCUCCGAGGCGACCCUUGUCGAGGUGCAGCGCGGCGGCCUCUUCGUGAGGCCGCUGGGCACGCCGGCGCACGUCGCACGGCGCGCCGCCGUCGAGGCGGACCUUGCCGGCGGCGACGGCGCCGCGGAGGCCGUCGGCUUCUUCUCUGCGGCCGCCGUGGAGGCGGGCGGGCUGCCGUACACGCGAGGCGCGCACGCCGAGAGCGGGCUCAGCCUCGACCAGUUCCUGCUGCUGCGGGUGCAAGCGCAGGGCGACGAGACGCGCGGCGUGAAGGUGGCGCCCGAGGAGGUGUGGCGGCGCGCGGCGCUCGACCUGAUGGAUGCCGUCGUCCUCCGCGGAGGCGAGUGGGGCGAGAUCAGCGCCGAUUUGGCAAAGGCACUGGAGCGGGCCGGGCUGCAGGAGCAGGCGGAGAGGGUGCGGGGUGGCGGCUGA